AUGCAAGGCAAGCAGGCUGUAGUCCCCACCUGCUAUAAGGAGACCACCAUUGUCCAAGUGCCCAAGAAAAACAAGGUGACAUAUGGAGGAGGGCAGUCGUGCAGUGCAUCUGGGGACUCUGAUCGCCCUCAUGGUGGAGGAAGGGGAGGACUGAAAAACGGUGGAGAUCCCUCCCCCUGGGGCAGCCGUGCCCACCCAGGCUCCUCCUCCUGCAGCUGCAGCCCCUCCCCCUCAGAUGGCCCCCUCUGCACCCCCACCACCUCCCCCAAGAGUAGCCCCCACAGGACUAGUACCUACACAGAGAUCACUGCCUCCAACGUAUGGUGUGUCAUUGCCCAGAGGCUAAUGCAGUCCAAGACCACCAUCCCCCAUGCCUACGCCACCGUAGACUGUGACCUGGGUGCCAUCUUGCAGCUGCGCAAGGAGAUGGCCAAAGCAGAGAUCAAAGUGUCCGUCAAUGAUUUUAUCAUCAAGGCAGAAGCUGCUACACUCAUGGAGCUGCCGGUGGUCAACGUGACAUGGACGGGGGAGGCCCCCCAGGCGCUGGACUCCAUCAGCAUCUCCAUCGCUGUGGCGACUGAGAAGGGCCUCAUUACCCCCAUCAUCACAAACGCUCCUGACAAGGGAGUGCAGGAGAUCUCCGCUAACGCCAAGGCACUGGCCCAAAAUGCUUGGGAUGGGAAGCUGCUUCCUCAUGAGUACCAGGGAGGCUCAUACAGUAUUUCUAACCUGGGCAUGUUUGGCAUCAGUGGGUUCACUGCGGUGAUCAACCCUCCGCAGGUGUGUAUCCGGUCCCUGGGCACCUCCAAGGCUGUGCACCGUCUGACCGAGGAGACCAGUGCCCUGACCACCGUCACCCUGUCUAGUGACGGGUGCCUCGUGGACGACAAGCUGGCAUCACGCUUCCUGGACAAGUUUUGUGUUGAAGAGAACUCCUAG